AUGUUCAGGUUCUUACAAGCAGUACAAGUUAAGAGAUCUUAUCUUUGGGUUUGUGCUCUGUUGGCAGGUCUUGGGUUAGCAUCUGGAAUCUAUUGUUUGUGGCAGCUGAAUUUGAAAAUAGCCUGUAGUGAUGCAGAGCAGCCAGAGCAGUCGGAGUCUUCUCUCCCUAUCCCAAUAGGCCAGGCGAAUGGGCGCAUGGAAGUACACCGAGUCGAUUCCGCAAUUCAAGUAGAAGAGAACAAUCCACUCACUCCAUCCAGCGCAGUAUUAUCAUUACCACCCAUUUCGUCUACCCUACCAACCCUACCAACUCAAACACCAUCUAACCCAAUAACACCCAUUGCAUCCGCUCCAUCCAUUUUAUCCAACUUAGAACGACCUCGACUCCCUCUAUUACCACCUCCACUCCUAUCACUAACCUGGCGACUAAAGAACUUAAAGAUAAUUGAUCAAAACACCGAUGUUACCUGGAUAACUCACCAGAGCCAAUACAAUACGACUAGUUGGAGUCUUAUACUAAACCUAGAUCAAAUGGCUCUAAACAGUGAGCCGGUGCAUAGACCAAUUUAUCGCAUUGUUAUUCCUAAGUCGUGGGAUAAAAACGAGUACAACAACUCUUGCCAGGACUUGGGUGUCCUGCAGAAGCUCACAGGCCAGGCGCCCGUAGUUGUUCAUGGUCUAUGCUUGGACUAUGGUCCGGCGUCCUUUAAGUUGCUUCUUCUGCUGCUGCGCAUCCUAAACAUGCCUCGAGUAGAAAUACGCAUGAACAGUCAGGUCCUGCACAGCGAAGAUAUUCAGACCACACGGAUGCUAGCUGGCAUAGACUACCUACUUGACGACCUUCCAGAAGACAUAAGUGGCCGAGAAACUCUUUUACGUGUGCAUACACCAAAUACCGUCGAGUACUGGAGAGAGAUCCUCAAGUUAGUCAUCCAGACGUACAGCAAGUUAGAAUUAAGAAAGUGUCCUGUUAAGCUCAAAUAG